GACCUGGAACCUCCUCCACCAAAAGUUCCAAUGACUGCUGCGGAAAGAAUGAUGGCAAAAAUGGGUCACGUAGAAGGAAAGGGUCUCGGAAAAACAAAGCAAGGAUUGAUUGAGCCAGUCGCUUUGUCGACUCAACGUGGUCGUGUUGGUCUUGGUCACAGUAUAACCAAGACAGUUGGACGUGAUUUUUUGGAAACUUGGGAUGAGUCUAAAGAGGAUAAGUCAAUCGAAGAACGUGUGUAUUGGAUGGCAGAGUGUCCAGAGAGCACACGAGACUGGGUCGUGGAUUAUCUUGAGGGCUCUGAAUGGAUCGAGAUAGGAGAGAAAUUAAAAAUCGAUGAUGAAACGAAUUUCUGCGAUGGUGAGAUCCUCAGAGAUAUGCUCAAUUCGAAGGAUGUAUUUAAUGUUGUUCCGGACAGAGAUCUUCGAGAAGCGCGAGCUCGAGCAAAUCCAUAUGAAACGAUCGGAGCUGCAUUUUUCCAAAAUCGAGCCGCUAUGAAAGUAGCGAACCUGGAUCGGACUUUCAAUUUUCUUUUCAGUGGCGAAACUGAAGAGAGACUUCUGAGCAAGAAUCCUUUGAAAUCGGAGCGUCCGACAUCCAAUUGCGAUCGGGAAGCUCCUCUUUUCUACUUUGCCGAUGUUUGCGCAGGGCCUGGUGGAUUUUCGGAGUAUAUGUUGUGGAGGAAAGCUUUCUACAAUGUGAAAGGCUUUGGGUUUACUCUUAAAGGAAAGGACGAUUUCAAACUUGGAAAGUUUACUGCAUCUUCUGCUCACUAUUUUGAGCCAUUCUAUGGGAAAGAAGGUGAUGGUGAUGUAACUAAGCCGGAUAAUAUCAACUCUUUAGAAGAGUUUAUCAUGAAAGGAACUAACGAUGUUGGCGUUGAUCUCAUGAUGGCUGAUGGUGGUUUCAGUGUCGAAGGGCAGGAGAAUAUUCAGGAAAUUUUAUCAAAACAUAUCUAUCUAUGCCAAUUAUUGGUAUCCCUUUGCAUUGUUCGAGAAGGAGGGGUGUUCUUCUGCAAGCUUUUCGACGUGUUCACUCCAUUCAGUGCGGGUUUGAUAUACCUGAUGUAUAUCGCGUAUGACCAAAUUUCGCUGCACAAACCUCAUACAAGUCGUCCAGCAAAUUCAGAAAGGUAUAUAAUUUGUAAAGGUUUGCGGAAGAACUAUUCAGAUGCUGUGCGGGAUUAUUUGAAACGGUAUGUGGUUAAUGUGAAGCUUUACGAGUUUACGAAAGCAGGUUCGUCAAAGGACGUGGUUUCCGUCGUACCACUAGAAACGUUGAAGAGCGAUGAAGAGUUUUUCAAAUAUCUCAAGGAACACAACGAAAGGCUAGCCGAUCGUCAGUCAACAUAUCUGAGGAAGUAUCUGAGUUUUGCCAAGAACAGCUCUUUGAUUGAUAGGGACCAGGGUACUCUUAGAGAAGAAUGCUUAAAACUUUGGUUGGUUCCCAACAAAACGUUAGAUCGAAGAGAGCGAGGAGCGGAACGUCAACAAAUAGAUCCUGACCAGUAUUUUGGAAGGUUCACGAGAAAGGUAAUGAUUUUUGUUGCGAUUUUGUUCCAAUGGUUAUAUAGUAGAAAAGGGACAUCCCCAAUAUAUGCCGAAUUUAGCCUCAAUAUCCUAUCGAAUCGAGCUUCAACACAGCCCGAACUUUUGAUCUCAACUGGGGAUGCUGUUUUUGUGUGGAGAAAACAUUGGGAAAAAAUUGACAACAAUGUAAUGCGAAUUCCUGACAGGACCGUUUUAUUGGUGGAACGAGUGGACAACAAACGCUUGGAAAGUGUUUCCACAGAUGGUCUCGUUCGCAUUCUUGAUGCAGCUGUGCUUAAUGGUGAUGAUGUUUCUGGUUUACUCUAUUCAAAACGAAUGGCGGCAGCUCAAAAGUUUUGCCAGGCAUUGAAAUUGGUGAAUCGCACCCAAGAUCAAACUGGCUCAGGUGAGUUGUACAUUGUAUAUAACGAUAUUUCGAUGAAGAUUCGACGAAAGUUCUCUCGAUUACGACAUUCCGGCGAAGAGGUGCUCAUAUACGACGAGAAUGGGCACCUAUUGAUGUGCAAGGCGAUCCGUGUUGCACGUCUCCUGAAGGGUAAGAUUCCUUUUCGAUGUCUCCCACACUCACCCGAACAUGAUAGUUGGUUUUACAGAGGCGUGGAAGAUGGGAUGGUCAUACAUGAGUGUUGUUCGUCGUUCUGGGAAAGCGCGAUGCCGUCAAAACAGACGUCAGGGCAUGUUCCAAUGCAAUGCAUAUGGAGUUGGGAAAACAGCUGUAAGUUUGUGCUGGACAAUUAUGGACCUCGUGUAAUACUCGAAAACGAUUCGCACAAGAGUGGACCCACCGUGAAUUCAAUAUUACAAGAAGUGGCUGAGACGGACGAAAAAUGUCGGAAAAGCGUAGCUGCCUAA